AUGGAUGGUAUGUUGGGAAAUCUGAGCGGGCGAUUCAAGCAGCUUCAGAAUGUGGAGGGGAAGCGCAUGGCCAUUAAGCUGCUCGGAUUCUACGCGAUGGGCUGGACGCUGCGCAAGCUUAUCAAAUGAGUGGAUCUAUGUCACUAAUCACGUUGCUAAAUUUCGUGUGCUAUGAAACAAUAAUAAUGCUUACAUCAAAAUCA